AUGGAUGAUAUUUUGAUAGCUGGGUCCGAGGAAUUUUUGGUGACGCAAUUGGCGAGCGAGUGCAGAGUGUUUGGCCGCAGGGACGGGGCUACGCCUGAGUCAAAGGAACUUGUUUCUUCAAGCUCAUCUGGCAGUGAUUCUGACAGUGAAGCUGACAAAAGGUUAAAGAGGAAAAAGCAAAUUACUCCAGAAAAAUCUGUGAAGAAGCAAAAGGCAGGUGAGACCUCAAGAGCUCUGUCACUUCCCAAACAGAGCAGCAGCCGCAGCGGAGAUGAUAACAGGUUUCAGAUUGGGAAAAUGCGGUACGUCAGUGUCCGGGCUUCAGAGGGAGAGUUCUAACUGAUACUGAGAGGCUGGAUGGCUCCCGAAGGUGAAAUGAAACCGGGGAGAAAAGGCAUGUCUUUAAAUCCAGAGCAGUGGAGCCAGCUGAAGGAACAGAUUUCUGACAUUGAUGAUGCAGUAAGAAAACUAAAACCUGAGUGAUACGAUACCUGUAAUGUCUUAGUUGUUUUAAGCUGUCUUUUUACAUUGGCUUGUGUUUUCUAAAUGUUGUUUUCCAAGCUGUUGUAUAUUUGGAUUGCAGAACAAUUUGU